UUUUUCUUUGCCGAUUUGCUGAUUUAUUUAGGCAUUAUCUAUAGACAUUUUCCUCGAACAAAACAAAAACGAAUAAUAAUUAAUAGUAUUUUUAAAAAAAUACGCCAAAUUCUGUUGAAUAUUUAAAAAAAAACAACCUCAAAAUGUCUCCGCCGGAUUCAUCAAAGAUUUCCAAAGUUGUCGUCCACCCGUUGGUUCUUUUGAGCGUUGUCGAUCAUUUCAAUAGGAUGGGCAAAGUAGGAAACGUAAAGCGGGUUGUUGGUGUUUUGCUGGGGGCCAAUCGCCAGGGAGUGCUCGAUGUCUCUAACAGUUUCGCUGUACCUUUUGACGAGGAUCCCAAAGAGCAGGAUGUGUGGUUCCUUGAUCAUGAUUAUUUAGAAAACAUGUACAGCAUGUUUAAAAAAGUAAAUGCACGUGAAAAGAUAAUAGGCUGGUAUCAUACUGGCCCCAAACUCCAGCAGAAUGAUGUCAUCAUUAAUGAAUUGAUUAGAAAAUAUGUGACCAAUUCUGUACUUGUGAUAAUAGAUGCCAAACCAAACCAGGUAGGACUGCCCACAGAAGCGUAUUAUGCUGUUGAAGAAGUUCACGAUGAUGGUACCCCGGCUGCAAAAACAUUCGAGCAUGUGGCCAGCGAAAUUGGUGCUGAAGAGGCAGAGGAAGUCGGUGUAGAACAUCUGUUAAGGUGGGAUAUAAAAGACACAUCUGUGGGAACCUUGUCCCAACGGAUAACCAAUCAGCUGACUGGUCUCAGAGGUCUCAAGAUGCAGUUGGGUGAAAUCCACAGCUAUCUUGAGAAGGUUUGUUCAGGCACGAUGCCAAUAAACCACCAGAUCAUAUAUUUGUUACAAGAUGUCUUCAACUUACUGCCUGAUAUCAACUUACAGUCAUUCGUGAGGUCAGUGUAUGUGACGACCAAUGACCAGCUUCUCGUCGUCUACAUAUCUGCCCUCAUCAGGUCCAUCAUUGCCCUCCACAAUCUCAUCAACAAUAAGGUGCAAAAUAGAGAUAGUGAAAAAAAUGAGGGCGCCAAAGAUUCGAAGGACAAAAAGAAAGACGAUGACAAAAAAGGAGCCAAGAAAGAUAAGAAGGAUGAAAAGAAAGAUGGCGCUAGUAAAUCGGAUGUCAAGAAAGAAACUGAUACCAAAAAGAAAUGACAUUAAAUUCCUUAUACAUACAACAAUAUUGUCCAAUUAUACGCUAGUUUCGUUGUUUGUUUAUAUGAAAAUUAAUAAUCGUUCGUUUUAUUGAAAAAUAGGAAGUACUUUUUCUG